AUGGAAACCACGGUGCAGGGACUCAAAAAGAACUAUCUGAGCAGCGAAAGAAAAGCCAACAACUCCUCUCCACCUGCCCCUCAGGGCCGGACAUUGCCCCCAGGCCGCGUGCAGACGCCAAGAGAGGCCCACGUGGAGGCACGAAGAUCCGCGCCCAAGCAGGACGCUCACAAACACCCCUCGCAGCCACCACUUCCUCCCCCCGCUGUGCUGGCGCCCCCUCUGCCGCGGGGGCGGCACCGCACGGUGCCCAGCGGCGGUAGCGGGGGGCUGCGGAGCGCUGCCAGCCGGGAGGGGGGCGAGCAAGCGGCCGGCUCCCGGAGCGGCACACGGGGCUCCCUGCGCCGGGCACCUGAGCGAACCACAGCUGGCCCGGGGGGGAGCGCCGGGGCAGGGCUGACACCGCCUCCCGCCCCCCCGGUACGCGCAGAGGAUGGGGUCUCAGCCGCCGGCCGCCCCUUCGCUACGACCCUUUGCUUCCGCAGAGCAGCAGCCGGCCGUGCCCGGAGCCGGGCUUCCUCGGGGGCCAGGGCUGCGCUCGCCCCUGGCCCGUCCCCGCCGGGGUUUCCAAGGAGACGUGGGCCGCCGUCUGCGCCGCGGAGCCGCCCGAGCACGGCCAGGGCCGGCGGGAGGCGCGGCCGCCGGGUAAGUGCGCUUUGGCGGGGGGCGAGGGGUCCAGCCCCGGCCGGCCGGAGCGGACUGACCCCGCUGUGCUGUCGCACAGGCCGGCUCUUCGUCCCCGAGCUCGUUGGCCAGGAGGAGGCGUGGCGGGGAGACCAGCUGUCCUCCCAGCUCUACAGGAACAAGCAGCUUCAAGACACUUUGCUUCAGAAGGAAGAGGAACUUGCUAGGUUACAUGAAGAAAAUAAUAACCUCCGACAGUACCUGAAUUCUGCCCUGGUUAAAUGUUUAGAAGAAAAAGCUAAGAAAGUGCUAUCCUGCCACAGCCAAAAAACCUCUACUAUUCUCAAAAACACCAAAAAGAGAUUAAAAGAGGACUACUGCUUUGCUCUUCAAGAAACUCCUCAUGCUUCUAAAGCUAGAAGGAACCUCUUCAAUGAAUUCUCUGCCUGUGAAGGGCAAGCCAGCCCUGCUGUGGACAGCUGGGUCUUGGAGACUUUAGGAUUAAAAGAUGUCAACACCAUUGAUGAAUCUUCAGCUAACUACAGUGCCUUGACUUCGGACCUUGGAAAAGACACAUACUGCCUUAGCCCUGGUGAAGCCAUCGACUAUGACCACAGUGAAGCAGUGGCAGCAGCAUACAGCUGCAGCCACAUGCCUCCAGCUGACAGUACCCAUCCAUACAGUGAGGACUCUUCCUUCCUUUCUCAGUUUCCUUCAGCACCACACACCUCCUCACCGGAGCCAAGCAUUUCCUCCCUUCCAGCCUAUGAGUUGCCAUAUUUGACUAACAAUUUGUCACCUAACAAAACAGAAGUGGCCUUCACAACAUUUCUAAGUCCUCACCGCAAUGUGAGAACACACACCUUCCAACAAGGACAAGCUUUUGUGCGCAGAGAAGAUGAUGGAGGAUGGAGAUUCACCUGGGUGCCUAAACAGGCUGAAUGAGGCACCUGUGUCAAGGGUCAGCCAUGAGGGAUGUAGGAAACAGACACUUCAUCUUGUGAUCAAGACAAGUUCAGCCUUGUCUCUCAGAAAGAAGUCCUUCUGGGCUCUGUUAAAUGCUGCUUUUACACACAUGCUCAUGAUUCCCUCCCAGAUUUUCACAGAUGUGGCUCCAGAUCUCAGUGGGACAUACAUCUGCCCUAGGCCCAAUGUACAGACAGGGCAUACUUCUCUUGUGCCUGUGUUGAGAAGCAUGCUUUUUUCUUGCAUCGUGUUUUUUCUAUCAUCAGUUAUUCCUUGUUAACUGAUGACUGUCAGCCUCGACUACUUUCAGCACUGAUGAUUGCUCCCACGUUCAUCAAGGUGGAAGGGAUUGGAGAAUACACUUUGGGAACAGCAUCUCUCUGACAUUCACAGAUGACAAAAAUGACAUCAAUCUCUGGCUGAGGAUCAGCAGUGUCUGAGUGAUUUGGGUCUCUCAGCUACAUAGAUUGCCUUGGAUUAAGGCAACCCAUACAUUUUUGUUUGUAUGUUACAUUAGCUUGACCUACUCACAGUCACAUAGUGCUGUCGUUUUCUGAGGGCUCUUCAAAAAAAGAUAAGACUUGCUUCUAUUGCCUGGAGGAUACAUAACUGCAAGUGAUUCAUCAAAUUUAGGAGAUUUUCCUCUGCUAUGAUUAAAAGUGUUCUCUCUGUUAUGUUUUGUAUGUAAAAGACCUAUGUAAAGGUCUUUUACCUGCCAGAUGAAAGGAGUUUAAGAAGUUAGAGCCCUGUUUCUCACCAACUUAAGCUACAGAACAAGAACCAGAUUUGGAGAUGCAGUUGGAACAGUGACACAUUGCCACCACCAGCCAAUGCCCUGGCCCAUUGUGUUUGUGGCAGACAUUUUCUCAUCUGUGGUUAAUGCACACUCAGAGCACUUUUUCUGCAAAGGAUGCAUUCCCCUGAGCUGCACCAUCCCACUAGUCUUUUCACCGAUUUUCUUCCCCCCUUCACCAGCUGAAGACUGGAUGCUUUCAUAGAAGGAAGCCACUCCUGGCUUCAAAAGUGCUUUGUACAGCUUCAUUUCGUCUAUUUUGCACUUGUGAAACCAGAGGUUUUGUUUCUAGGGAACAACUUGUUUACUUUUUUGUCCUGAUUUAUGAGAUCGUACAGAGAUUUACCUGAAGUCAACCUCAGCCCUGAGUAAGGUCUGCUUCCUCUUCCCAUUGUAUCUUUCAUGCUUCCUGUAGGAAAUGUUUGCAUUUCUCCUAGCUUGGGGAGGCAGUAUCACAUAGUGGUUAGUGUUUGGAAACUACAACCUUCAGCACCAUCUCUUACCUCUCCAUGUCUUUAUCAGGCAGCAGUGACAGGCAGGCAUAGCUAAGACUAUGACUGCCUUAAGGAUGCUUUAAAAACCUCUGACAAGAAGGUGCUCCAGCACUGUGCAGGACUUUUUUUUUCUAAAUACUACUAAUUAUAUGAAGUCAACUGACAUGAAGUAAGUUCACUGGUCAUGUUUCAUAUUACCUUUGUUUUCUGCUAUAUAGUAUUUUGAUACUUAAGGAUUGGAAAUGAAGGGAGCAGUUUGAUUAUUCUGGCUUUCAGAAUGGCCCCAGUAAGAUCAGGAAGCACUUAGAUAAUUUAAAAAUAACCACAUGAGGGCAUUUCCUUCCAGUGGGCAUAUUUUUUUUUCUAUAGACAACUAGGUAUUUUAUCUUUGAAGGAUAAAACUAUUUCUCGUGCCUUGGAAUUGCAGUAUUUGGGAUUCUCCAUGUAGUGGUUUCCCAAAAGACUUAAAUAACUGUAUUUCUCUGUAGUUACUUUGAAGUCGUAGGGCAGACUCCCACAAUAGCUAAUUUGAAAACAUUGAUUGUAGGCAGUAUUGCACUGAAAUAAAAAUACCACCACCACACAGGGAAUAAAUACAGUGAUUUGUUCUGGGCUUUUGUUGUAGUCAGUAAAAAUGUGGUCAGCUGAUAAAUCUGGUCAGACAAGACCACUGUUUCUAUAGCACUUUUCUGUAUUCAGAUGGAAGCAGAAAAAAAAAAAAAAAAACCUGUCCUACAAACAGCUAAUUUCUUUCUCAAGGCAAUUUUUUUCUGCUGAUCUCCUCUUGCCUUACUUUAUAAGGUAGCACUGAAGAAAACACUUGUCACCAGAGCUUUUAUUGGUGCGUGUGACAGUCUAGAAAUUGCCUGACCUUGACUUGAAUAAGUGAUGAGAAACCCUGUUUUGUGUGGUGAUGUGGAAUUAACAGCAUAUAGCUAAUAGAAGUGUGACCAGAGGAUUACACUCAACAUAGCUGUACAUACCAUGUCCACCAAGCAGCUGUAAAAGUUACGUGAGAGAGUUCUAUAUAUUUUAAUGCUACUGGAUACUACUGCUGUCGUGUUCGAAUGCUAUCAGUGAACAGCAGUAGCAAAUACAUUAUUUGUUUUGUCAGCAAACAUUUAAUCAGGUUUUGUUUUCUCUAAAGAGAGAAAAUACUUCUCCACUUGACAUUUCCUUUCCACAUUUUUCAGAUCACUUCAUGUGAAAACCUCUGCGAAGAGCCAGCACAAAGCUGUCAGAUCUUUGAUACAAUCCCAAGUAGGGUUUCAGUGGAACCAAACAAUUCUUGUACCUGUAGAGCAUUUUGUACAAAGUUGGCCGGUCCUCUUGUCAUAGUAAAUAAUCUGUAGAUAUAGGAACAUAGUUCAGUGAAUUAUGUACCUGAGUGUAUCCUCUUUGUUUGCUGUGAGCUCCUGAGUUUUGCUCAGCGUGAAGGCAUAGAUCUUGUGGUAGGGAUUUCUGUCUGUGCUUGGUUUACUGGAGCUCGUCUGGGCAGAGAGUCCCACAGUGCUGCUCCUUGUUUGCACAUACAAACUCAAAGGCCUGGUUUGGACACCUGGGUGAGAAAAGGUGUCUGUCAUCUGCUCCAUGGGAACAGUACUGCUGAUUGCUAUGGAAGGAGCACACUGGAAACAAAAGACAUACAAGCAAAUAAAGGGUUAUUUUUUCUUUUCCCAUAACAGCAUCAUUUUUUGAGCAGUGCAGACAAGCUGUUCUAGCACCAAUGCACAAUAAGCAAGUUGGCCUCCAGAUGAGUACUGAAAUUCUUUUGCUUUUUUUAUUACUCUAUAAGCAGAAUGGGUUCUAAGUUCUGAUAUCAGCUCUGGUAUACCUGUUUGUUUUUGUGCUUUGAUUUCUACACCACGAACCAGUUCAUAACAGUUUAACAAGAAAACAUUAUUCUUGCUGCUGCAAAUGUGAGAAGUUCCUUCUUGCCUAGGAGCAUCCUCAGGCAUGUAAGUGUCUAGGAUGGGGAAGCCUGACUGGGAGGUUCUUUGGACAGUGGUGAACUUCGUUAUCUGUAAAUAUCCAUUUUGUAUUAACAUAUUGUUUUAUUUUUUUAUUUGAGGUUCAUUUAUUUUCUGAAUGUAACGUGCAGCUGCACCAUUUAAAACGACCCACGUUUUUAAGAAUGUAUGCUAACAGUAACAACUUAAUUUAACACUCCAUGUUUUGAUUUUUGUGAUUGAAAAGCACUGUGAUUAUCUGUAAACAUCAAUUUUACCUGCGUCAUUAAGUUAUGCCUAAUAAAACU